GGGUCUGUCUCGAGCUGCUCCAAGUCCUCGCUCCUUUGGAUUUUGGCAAUUUUGGGAUGAGGGGAGGUCAGCUGAGUGAGCACUAGGUCCAAGUUCAGUCUUCCCUCCGGCCACCGCAACCUCUUACCAAAACAUAAAGAACAAGAAAUCUGCAUUCAAACUAGGCUGAACAAAAAUGUUUGUGCAAAGCGAGGCUGAGAAAAUAGAGGAGAGUAUAGCAUCGAACAACAUGGCCUUCGAGACCACUGCGAUCACGUUCUUCAUCAUUCUGCUAGUCUGCUUCAUUUGUAUCCUCCUCUUACUGGCAAUAUUUCUAUAUAAAUGUUUCAGAGGUGACAACAGUGACGAGACAGUGAAGCCCCUCUGUACAGGUGAGAACGAAGGCGAAGACUGCUUAGCUAAUGCAGAGAUGAACAAACAUGAUCAAGACAAGGUCCUACUGCACUUAGUAAACAUGGACCUGCCAGUGAGACCUAGCAUUCUUGUGCAAAGGCGGAGUAAGGAAGAGAUGGCCACAUCCUUAGGAGACAACAUCAAGGCAGAAGAUUACAAAAACAGACAGAAUGCUAGAGAAACCAGCCAGGAGGGUGAGCUUGCUGAGAAAAUACCCAUACAUGUCAACAGACCUUCAGUUGCCAGAAACCAAAAAAGACCUUUAAAAGGAGUGACAUUUUCUAAGGAGGUGAUUGUUGUGGAUCUUGGAACCGAAUACCCUACACCUCGGAGCUAUGCUCGAGAACAUAAGGAGAGGAAAUGAACUGCAGACAAAGCUGUGGAAGAAGUAUAACCUUUGACCAGCUUGGAUCGACUGAGGGUGCUGGGUCAAGUCAAGGCAGCAGGAGGAUGGGAAGAAUAGAGACGGUAUUCUACCUUCGUGGGAGAAGAGAACUGUGCAAAAUUCUGUACGUAAAAUACUGAGCUCAAAUAUAGUUUUUAACAAACAAAUCUGAGUUUGGUAAUUUGACUAUAAUAAAUAUCCUUAAAUGUCUGUCAAGCAC